CCAGUCUGUCAGUGGAAGUCGGUUCGUUUCGUCGUCGUUUUUGUUUGCUCCUCGUUCGAUUUGGAAAAAAAAAGUUGCAAAAUCAGUCAAAAAGUGGCUCUAAUUUUAGUCGAUUAAUCCGGAAUCCACCGGAGAACCCUCUCCGCUAGAGGUGACCGUUUGCGCAAUCCGCACUGUUAACCCGUCGUCGCGUUCGCGGUCGUUCCGGGGUUGUUCCACUUUCCCACACGAAGAAGUGUCCUUCGCAAAAGUGCGGGGGUGUCCUCGAGACACAGGCUCCCAUCGUCGUGCUGCGCAGAGUGCGUUAAUCCAAUCCGAGCGCAGCCAAGGUGGCUUAUCCGGGGGCUUAAUCCGCUCUAAUCGGAGUUGCCCUGUGGCGCCUGGCCAGGUUGGCGAAGGUUCUUUUAUCUCGAAAGGUGCAAAAAAAGGUGUCCCCAGUAUCACAGAAAUUGUGUGAGCAGAGGAAAAAAAAUAAGUCGAAAAAAUAAGCAAGUGUGCGAGCUGGUUGAGUGUUGGUGGUGGUUUAAGUCUGUUGGUGUGAGUGAGUGCGCGGAAGCCAAAAGAAAAAGAUACAAGGGCCAGUGUUGCCAGAAAAGUUUGUUUGGUGUGAAGAUCGUUUAAUGCGGAACAGCUGAUUGGAUUGGAGAAUUCUCGACAAAAUCCCUCUCGCCAAAUUCAUGAUACGAUCGUGAUAACAUAAAAGAUUCUGAUCGACAGGAAGAACAACGCGUCAGCGGAGAAUUCAACAGUUUUUCAAAAGGUUGAGGUUGCUUCCAUCGCGAACGGUCCCGGGCCUAACGAGGAUGGCCGAUUAUGGCGACUAAUCCUCCCAGGAAGCCGCCAGACCAUGACACCGUCACGACCACCGAGUUCAACCACGUCAGCAGCAGCGCAAGUAGCAGCUUACUGCUGAAGCAACGGCGCUCGACCUGUUCCUGUUCGAACAUUGCGAUUAUGCAACUGUUCCACGAGAUGAAGCAGAAGUUUCCUACCGUGCCGGACCACGUGGUGUCGGACCUGGUGACGGCCAACUGCCACAACCGGCCGGCCUGCAUCGACAGUCUGGAGAAGGCCGUGGCGGGGACGCCGGCCACGGCCCAAGCCUACCCGUCGCAGGUCAUUCACAACACGAGCCUGAAGAGGCGCAUCAACGAGCGGAAGUUGCGGUCGAUGGAGCACAGCUUCAGCGGGGGCAGCAGCGGCAGCAGUAGUCGCGAGAGCAGCGUUGACAAGACGAGUAGCGGCUGCGGGAGCAGAUUCCACAAUAACAACAAUGCAUCGUCGUCGUCGUCGCCGGCUGAAGUACCACGUGAUGGCAAUGUAAAUAACGCUGAUAACCAGCACCCUGCCUCAACGAUGACGACAUCGUCACCAGCCUUUGAUAACAACACAAACCCACCGCCCAAUCGUCCCAACACACUCGCGUUCAGCGGGCCGCGACCGACGCGAGUGGCACCACCAAUACCGCCCAUCAGUUCCACGAUAACCGCCAGUCCCGAGCUCGGCGAAACCGUCAACGUGCAGCUCAACGUAACCGUGUCCCCAGUCGCAAGCCGGAGUCCCCUCGGCCAACGCCACACCUCGGUCCUCCAGCUCCAGCCCGAAUCCCCGUACUCCCGCGAACUGGCCCAAGCCUCAACCACCUUCAACGCCGCCACCGGCCCGCUUCCACCCGGCGCCAACAGCCGGAGUUCAACCUCCGUCAACCUGACCCUCCGUCAGCCCAGCGAAACGCCCCAAUCCCCGAUCCACAUUCACGCCAGCCCGCUCAAGUACACGGCCAAGGGUUUCAACGCGCAGUCCGGCAUCCAGAGCAAGCUCGAGAUCACCUUCCGGGACGGGUUCGGCUCGAUCAGUGCGAUGCGAACGCACGUGCCGGGAUUCGAGCAGCAGCAGCAGCAGCAGCAGGGCGUUGCGGCAUUGGUGGCGGAUAAUCACCACUACCAGGAGCAGCAGAUGGCCGUGAACGCGGCCCAGCUGGAGAACGAUGGACUGGAGCGGGCGCAGCGGUACGAGAACUAUCUGACAGAGGUAGCCAUCACGCACCAGCUGGACCAGAAGAACCGACUGAGCGAGGAGGUGGACCGGUACCGGUACCAGCUCGAAUCAAUCCGGCGCGAGAUCCGCAUCCUGCAGCACCCGCUGUCCCGCUCCGACGCCGACCAGCUGGGCCGCGAGGUUCAACUGCUCGAAGAGGAGGUCGAUCUGAUGCAAAAGGAGGUCGACCAGCAGCAAGCCCAGCUCAGUAUAGAAGGGUCACCAUCGCAACCAACGGGACCGUACGUGAACCGUCCGCCCCGUCCACCGCGACCUCCGCCGCCCAAGUUCUCCAUCAGCCACCAACAACUACCUGCAGCUGCUGCGGUCGCGCCUGCGGACGGUCGAUACCAGGGCGGUCGCUCGAUAUCGGCCCCGGCGCUGCCGCACGACCCCCAACAGCAGCAGCCACAUCCUGCAAUCGCCGGAGAGCAAUGGACUUGCAGCCUUUGUACAUUCCAGAACCACGAACUCAUGACCCGUUGCGAAGUGUGUUCGUUGCCCAAAAUGCCCGGUAGACUAUCGUCCCACAGUUCGCUGCCUCCCUCGAGCUCAUCGUCGCCGCCGUCAUCUUCAUCAGCUGCCGUAGUCGCUGCUGCUGCACCUGCUUCGGCAUCACUGCUAGUCGCGGCUUCCGCUCCGGUGGCCACUGCCGUCGUGCUGCAAACGUCCGCCGCCGUCGGUUCUCCUUCCUCUUCUUCCUCCUCCUCGUCGUCGACGGCUUCGACCCCGCAAACGCAACCCGCUCCUCCGCCCAUCCAAAGUGCUCAGUUCCAAAAGUCGUCGAUCGAGUGUUGAAAAGAGAGGAAGAGGCAUCGAAGCGGGGGCAGGACGCGAUAACCACAAGCUUAAACGCAGAGUGUGCAAGAGUUGUGUGUGUGUGUGUGCGCGAUUUUGUAUUAAUCCACUGCUUUGGCGGAAAUCAGUUACCACGAAUCGACAGGAGAUUGAGGAUGUCCCCGUGCCGGCGUUGCUGUGACCCAAAUGUAGGACAUAGAUUUUUGGCAAACCUAUUUUUUUUAGCGAUUCCAUCCCAAUUUUUUUUUGGUUAACCACAAACAGGUUUUAAAAAGUGUUUUUGACGUGACUACUAAAACUAGGUUUUAUUUUUUAACUGUGAAAUGUGCGUGCAGUUUGCUUGUAAUGAGAUAAGAGUGAUUUUAUAAAGCUUGUGUGUGAUAACUAAAACUAUUCCUUAGGAUUACGUUUUUGCAUGAGGUAUUUAUGAUAAACAAGAAAAUAACUACACAAUUAGAGGGUGACGAGCGGGAAUUCCCGGGAAAAAUUUCCCGGGAAAUCGACCAUUUUUGGACCUCUCGAUUCCCGGGAAAUUUGGUCGAGAGUCCCGGGAAAUUUUAUACUUAUAAAUAUCAAAGCAAAAUUUUAUAAACUAAUCAGAAAAACAUUCGAAAAAUUCGAAAUGGUUUAAAACAUUGGAUGUUAACUUGUCGAAUGUUCCAAUAACUAUAAUUGAGAAGAGCCCAAAAAAUGUAAACCCUAAAAUUUACCUUAAAGCAUACUUAGCAGUUACAUCCCAGAAAUGAAUUAUAAAGCUUUUUAUUUGUAUUAGGGAAAACCCUUUGCAAAAAGUUCAAUUUCCAUAUCCUCUCUCCUGAUGUCAAUUAGUCAUAUGGUGUUUCGCAUCAACCUCAAUAUAUUUUGGAAGAAAAAUCUCUGGCAAUUUGUAAAGAUUGCCUUAAUCUUUGUUAAGGUUUGCCAAUUGAGAACAAUCAGGUUUUCCUAAUAAAUGUAAAUAUUUCUUCAAUGAAUAUUUUCAGUCAUGUAUUUGUUAUGUAUCAUAUUGCAGAAAUCCCGAUACUGGGAAAUAAUAUAUUUGUAAUUUUUUUACUUCACAAAAAUCUAAUAACAAGUUCAUGCAACAAGCUUGUGCAACUUUUGAAAAAUCACUCUGUGCGAAUUAAGAAUCGUAAACAUUUAAAACUACAAAAACUACUACAAGAGUCCCAAAAAACUCAGAACCCGAUCUUGUAUUUGCAGAUUCAGAAAAAAAUCUAAAGCUUGAAAUAGUUCCUUGAAAUAAUAAUACAAUUUAAAUAAAACGUUUCAUUUAAUAGGUAUGAAUGAAUUGUAACUGAAUUCAUUGAAAAGAAACAAAUUUAUGCACGGAGAAAAAAGAGUUCCCAAAAUCGUGAACAAGCGUUCAUGAAAAUAGGAACCACGAACAAAGUGUUCAAAUUUCAUGGUACGUUUUUCAAAAUCGUACCAUGGGAUUUGAACACUUUGUUCGAGGUUCCCAUUUUCAUGAACGCUUGUUCACGAUUUUGGGAACUCUUUUUUCUCCGUGUGACCUUUCCCUUUUAAAUUGUUAGCACUUUUGGCAUAAUAAAAAAAAAAAUCCCGGGUCCCGGGAAUUCCCGGGAAAUGUCCAAAUUCAACUCUCGAUUCCCGGGAAAUUCAAAAUCUCGAGAAUCGUCACCCUCUAAACACAAUACAAACCAACUAAGUUAAGCUCAUUACAACGAAAGACAGUGGGUUUACAAAGCAAAUCAAAUUAUGCUCAGGUAUGUAUUUUUAUCAUAAGGUCUUUUUUGCAAUUUAAAACACUAUGUUUUCAUCACCAACAUUGUUAUUUAAAUAAUUUAAAGCUGCUCAGUGUGAACAUAAAUUUCUGCAGUUAGACGCGGUUAAACAUCUUAGUUAUAAUUAUGAACAUAUAAAAAAUAUAUCAAUACUUUUAAAACAAAUAAA